AUGUCGCCGCCACCCACCCCUCCUCACCCAGCAGGUUCGGAUAAAGAGCCCGCAGCACCGUCAUGCGGUCCAACGGGCGAUGUGCGGAAGUGCAGUGCUAGCCAACACCGGCAAUCCAUUGGCGACAGGGAGGACGAGCCGUCAGCACCGGAGUUCGAUCCUGGCCAAUGCCUCUUCUGCGCGCACGGGUCGGCUGGGUUGGACGACAACAUGGCACACAUGGCCGCCGCGCACGGCUUCAGCGUGCCAUUCCGGGAAUUUCUGGCCGUCGACCUCGAAACGGUCGUGUCGUUCCUGCGUUUCAUCAUCUGCGGCUACCGAGAGUGCAUAGCCUGCGGCGCGCGGCGGAGCAGCGUCGAAGGCGCCCGGCAGCACAUGGUGGCCAGGGGCCACUGCCGUUUCAACGUUUCCCCCGACACCGAGGAAUUGUACGAGAUGCCGCCGUCCACAAACGCCGUGGCUGAACAGACGCGACGCGACGCCAGCGUGCCGGUCCGCUUGCCAUCGGGGAAGCUCAUCUCUCACCGGAAGAAGCUCGACACCCAUGAGCGUCGAGCCGCCCGCCGACCGAUACGGAACCGGGAGCGUGAUCCUGUCACCUCGCGCUUGGAACCAGCCUCGGAUUCUAGCCUCGCGGUUCUCCAGCGGCGCGGAGGGGGCGGAAGCCGCGAAAUUGCGUGUAGCUGUGAGGCCCUGCUUGCCGCGCAGCUUUCGAGACUGCGAAUGACGGGUGCUAGAGCCCAGCUCAAGGCGGAGGACCGGAAGCGCGGAAGGCUUGAACGAGCGAACAAUACAGUCCUGUUCAAACAUUAUAGGCUGGACGCAGGUGAUGGCCGGAUAGGACGUCAAUUUUAG